AAUAGAUUAAUUAAAAAUUUCAUUGGAAACAAUACAUUGAGAUGUGCCAUUGAUACAUUUACUGAUUGUAAUUUCAACGGAAUAUUUUAAAAGGAGCAAGCAUCAAUAGAAGAUGUCGGCAGUAAAGUACGAGUUAACGGACCCGGAUGGACAAUGUCCGCACGACCUGAUGACUCUAGAUGGUUAUCCAAUGCCAAACUUCAGGCUAUCACCGGAAGAGCGUGGUGCAAACAUUAUGUCCUUACGAAAUUGGCAGAUGAAAGAAGAUGACGUGAUACUCUGUACAUUUCCAAAAUGCGGAACGCACUGGGUGCAAGAAAUAAUGACGAUGCUGCUCAAAGGAAAGCCUGAAAUGGCAGAGGCCUUAGACAAAGUUGGCAACAUGAUGGAAGCCUCUUCUAUUGAAAAGAUGGACGAACUAGCGUCACCAAGAAUCUUGAAUUCCCACCUUCAAUGGCAGUUAUUGCCAAAGUACAUAUCUGAAAACAAGAUCAAAGUUGUAAUUGUAAUAAGGAAUCCAAAGGAUUGUGCCGUCUCGUAUUACUAUCAUUUUAAGGGCAUGAAAGAUUUUGCCUAUGAUGGACAAUUCAAAUACUUCCUGGAGUGGUUUCUGGAAGGAAAAUUGCCAUAUGGAUGUUUCUUUGAGAAUGUCAAAGAAUAUGAGCGGUUAGCUAAUGAACAAAAGGACCAGUUCCAUACUCUCUUCUAUGAAGAUCUGAAAACGAAUGGCCUAAAUGAGGUUAAACGCCUUGCUCAAUUUCUCGGGACAAAUGAUGCAGACGACUUUUGCCAAGCGGUGUACGAUGCCUGUGAUAUAAAGAACCUUAAAGCCAAAAGCGCGAAACAAAUGGAGAUGGGGAAGAUUGCUUGGAAACCAGGUGGAUCCAUUUAUAGGAAAGGCAUAAUUGGCGAUUGGAAGUCUCAUCUCACGGUCGCUCAGAACGAACUUUUCGAUCUUGUAAUUGAAGAGAAAAUGAAGGAUAGUAAAAUUCAGUUCAGAUAUAUUUGAUCAAAAACGUAUACUUUGCUAGAUCGUGGAUCAUUAUAUGUAUUGUUCUGGUGUUGGAUUUACGAUAGACACAUUUAUAUAAACUAUUCAGUUGUCACAUUUUAUCCAUGUCUCUAUCAUAUUGAUCUAAGAUUGAUGCAACAGUAUAACCAGAAUUUACCAAAUAUCUGUGAAUUUAUACAUUUCGCUUAUGAUUAUUUUAAGAAGCUACGAUGUUAUACAUGAUUUAUAAAUAAGGAUGACAGAGAAAAGAGUUGCUUUAGCUUAUUAAUAUACUGAUUUAUUAAAUGGACUUUUCAGGUUAUUUGUCAGCAAUUAGAUUUCACAUAAUUUGAUUUGAUGAUGAAUUUUGAUAUAUGAUCUAUGCAAUGCGGGCUUAACUUUAAAUUUCCUCGCAACGUUUCAUAUUAUACUUGCAUCGAUACUUUUGUUCUUAAUUUAAUGGAAUGCCUGAUUUGAUGUACAUUUUAAGUAACAAAUACCAAACUCAUUUGUCUUUCUCUGCAGUUGGCAUUGAGCUGCUAAUCUUGCCUUCGUAUAUUAUUCAAUCUGCUGCUAUAUAACCGUUCCUGUGGUAUUAUAUUAUAAAACUAAUUGUUUUUGCUACAAUUGUUACAAACAAUUGCAAAUAAAAAUUAUUGUUAAUUAAGGUAUUCAAUAAUUGCUAUUU